AUGAUCGAGUCAGUUGGAAUCUCCUCCUCCUCCCUCUACAGCCAUCAGGCCGAGGCCGUGGAUGCUGCGCUGGAUGGGAUGAACGUCAUUGUCACGACAGCUACGGCAUCAGGCAAGUCCCUCUGCUUCAACCUCCCCGUCCUCGAGUCUGUCCUCGACCCCCUCGGGGUAGGACGAGACUCCGUCACUCCUGCUCGCGCUCUCUUCCUCUACCCCACCAAGGCCCUCGCUCAGGAUCAGCUCCGUGCUCUCCGCAAGCUCACUUCUCUCUGGCUGAGCCCCAGCAAGAUCGCCGUGCUCGAUGGCGACACUCCCAUGAAGGACCGGGCGAGUAUCGUGCGGGAGGCCAGCAUCGUCCUCACCAACCCUGACAUGCUUCACGUCACCAUCCUCCCCGGACACAAGCGGCACGUCCCCCUCCUCUCCUGCCUGCGCUACAUCGUCCUCGACGAGGCUCACAUGUACCAUGGUGCCUUCGGCAUGCAUGUCGCCAUGGUCAUCCGGCGCCUGAGGAGGAUCUGCUCUCACUACCGCUCCUCUCCUCAGUUCCUGUGCUGCUCCGCCACCAUAGCCUCCCCUGCCUCCCUCCUCUCUCAGCUCACAGGACUGCCUGCUGACUCCUUCCAUGUUGUCUCCGAGGACGGGUCUCCCUGCGGACCGAAGCGCUUUGUGCUCUGGAACCCUCCUGACGAGCUGGAGCCCAGGAGAGUCAGCUCCAUCGGGGAGGUCGCGAACCUCUUUGCCGAGCUCGUGCGACAUGGUCUGCGGACCAUCGCCUUCUGCACCACGAGGAAGCUCUCGGAGCUCGUCCUGCAGUACGCGCAGGAGGCGCUGCAGGCAGCAGGGCAGCAGCAUCUGUGCGAGACGGUCAUGUCCUAUAGAGGGGGGUACACGCCCGAGCAGAGGAGGGAGAUCGAGCAGCUGCUCUUCAGCGACCGGCUCCGCGGGGUUGCUGCCACCAACGCGCUCGAGCUCGGGGUGGACGUGGGGAGCAUGGACGCGACGCUGCACUUGGGGUUCCAAAGGAGCAUCGCGUCCCUGUGGCAGCAGGCGGGAAGGGCUGGGAGGAGGAGGAAAACCUCUCUGUCCAUCUACAUUGCAUGGGACUCUCCCAUCGACCAGUUCUUCCUCCGCCACCCCCAGCAGCUCUUCUCCCUCCCUCUCGAGCCUGCCCUGCUCAACCUCGCCAACCCUGACAUCCUGCAGCCUCACCUGCUCUGUGCGGCCUCUGAGCUGCCGCUGAAGAGGGAGGAGGACGAGGCUCUCUUUGCGGAGCUGCCGGCUGUCUACCGGGACAACGUGCUCCAGCUAAUCGAAAAGGGAAACCGCAAGAUAGGAUGCUUGCAGCCAGUGUUGGGGGGGGGGGGAGGAGGAGGAGAGGAAAGUGCCAUGCUCGAGGAGUGUAAUUUCUGCGGGGCUCCCAAGCCCUCCAAGGAAGUGAGCUUGCGCUGUAUUGAUGAGCAUCGAUGGAAGAUAUUGGUGAGGGGAGGGAGGAGGGAGGAAGAGGAGGAGAAGGACAGAUCAUGCAGAAGUAUCUAUGAAGGAGCCACGUACAUGAACAACGGAAAGACUUUCAUCAUCCGCGUGUUGGACUUUGAGAAGCGAGAGGCA